GUGGUGUCCCCCACGAACAGCUCGUCAAACUUGCUGAAGAGCACUUUGGAAACCUCCCCAGCCAACCCACCAAGCUCUGCAGCCUCCGCAAUUGCUGCUGAGCAGAAGCGUCAGCCUGACUUCAUUGGCUCUGAUGUUCGAAUCCGUGAUGAUACCGUCCCAACUGCUCAUAUCGCUCUCGCUGUUGAGGGUGUCAGCUGGAAGGACGAUGACUACUUCACCGCUCUCGUCACCCCAGGCCAUUGUCGGUAACUGGGAUCGUACCAUGGGCAACUCUCCUUACCUUGGAAGUAAGCUCAGCACUUUCAUCAACCACCACAACUUGGCCAACAGCUUCAUGAGCUUCUCUACCAGCUACAGUGAUACCGGUCUCUGGGGUAUUUACCUCGUAUCUGAGAACCUGACCAACCUCGAUGACCUCGUCCACUUCACUCUCCGUGAAUGGUCUCGUCUAUCAUACGACGUCAGCCCAGCCGAAGUCGAGCGAGCCAAGGCCCAGCUCCGUGCCUCCAUCCUCCUCUCUCUCGACGGCACCACUGCCGUUGCUGAGGACACCGGCCGCCAAAUCGUCACCACCGGUCGUCGUCUGUCCCCACAAGACAUCGAGCGUGUCAUUGACGGCAUCACCGAGAAGCAUGUCAUGGACUUCGCCCAGCGAAAACUCUGGGACCAGGACCUCGCUGUCAGUGCCUUUGGAAGCAUUGAGGGCCUGCUUGACUACCAGAGACUCCGCAACGACAUGAGCCGCGACGCUUCUUAA